GAGGUGUUCACUGGGUUUUCUGGAACGUGACACAGCUUGAUUUCCUGCUGCAGUACAUGAAACUAUUGCAAGUUCUCAUCAUGUGUCAUUACUACAUCACCCUGGCCAUACGAGCAUUGAGGAAAGAAAAUCUAGCCGAUAGGUAUGGAACAGUUUACAUUUUUCUAUAUAAUUUGAUUGUGUAGAGCUAAAAUGGUUCUUAAGUCUACUUAAAAUAUCUUAGAUUUUAAACCUCUCUCUGGUCGUAUUAAAACACAUAUCCCCUCCGAGUCAGAUCAAUUUUGACUGUCUCUACUCGGAACAUGACUCUAAAACCUUUGAACUGACAAUCUGAAAAAUUAUUUAGGAAUGAUGACCUGCUGUGACAGUCUGACAAAUUAGUUACGAAUGAUGACUUGUUGUAGCUGUCUGACAAAUUAAUUAGGACUAAUGACUUGGUGGGACAGUCGGAGACAAAUUAGUUAGGAAUAAUGAAUUGCUUGGACAGUCUGACAAAGUUUUUAGGAAUAUUGACUUGGUGUGACAGUAUGACAAAUUAGUUAUGAAUGAUGACUUGCUGUGCCUGGAAAACAGAGUUUAACUCAUAAAAUAUUGUUACUGCUAUUUAAUAACAACAAUAACAAAUGUCCUGACUAACGGGCAGAGAGGAAAUUUACUGGCUAUGUAUGAAUUUUUGUGUAUAAUGUUUAUUUUUAGAAUUUGUUUACUAAAUGUUAAGAUAAAAAUAUUAAAUGAAUUUAUCAAAAUAAAAUGAAUAAAAAAAUUGAUUCACAGUCACCUGGGGGGGGGGGGGGGGGGUGUAAGCAUUCUAACCAAUACACCACGGUAUGGUCAAAUCAGGAGGUCAGUAUUCGUAAGUAUUCUAAUCGAUACACCACUGCACAGUCAACUCAGGAGGUAAGUAUUCUAACCAAUACAUCAAUGAAAAAACUUAAUCAGGAAUUAUCAAGCAGUCUGAUGAUCAGGAAUUAUCAAGUGGUCUGAUGCUAGCUGCAAAAAGAAACCUUAGUAAAGAUAUUGAUCAGCAAUAGCUCGAUAUGUCUUCUAAUGUUGGGCUUAGUCUUGUAGAGACAUAUUUAUUGUUUUAUUUUUCAGGUUCAUGUACCCGUUUCUUUGUAUUGCCGUCUUGUAUUUCACCAUCAUUACAUCUUUGGGAAUUUCCAACACCGAGCCCACCCAUGUGGAGUGUAUUGGUUUGUUCAUUUUCUUUAUAAUACUAUUAUGGUGACUCAAUGGUUACGUACAUUGUUUAUAAUGCUGGCUAAUAAUAUAAUUACAAUUAAGUUGAUUCAGUGGUAGUGUACUUUGUUUAUAAUGCUGGUUAUUAAUAUAAUUACAAUUAAGGUUACCGGUAUUCAAAGGUUGGGUAUUUUUUUUAAUAAUGCUGGUUAUUAAUAUAAUUACAAUUAGGGUUAUUCAAUGGUUGGGUGUUUUGUGUACAAUUAAUAAAACUAUCUACCACAAUCGACUUUCAACUAUUAAUUCUUCUUGGCCAUACUUCAACCCCCAACCCCCCAUAAAGUAAAUAAAUUAUUUGGUUUCUCUUGCAUAUACACUAGAAAACAUUGAUAAAUAGCUAAUAUUAAAUGUCCAUGAUGGUCCAUAUUUUAUUUGAACUCAGUGUUUCUCUGAACAUUCUUUGAGCUGUUUUAAGGCCAUUCAUUCCAUGUAACAUAACGGAAUAGAUUCAAUCAAUUGAAUCACCGACAAAUAAUUAUCCUAAACCUAAUUUUAUAAGAGCCUGAUAAUGUUCUAUAUUCUCACUUGACUUAGCUCCUCAAUGGCCUAGAUCUUGAUAAUGUUCUAUAUUCUCACUUCACUUAGCUCCUUAAUGGCCUAUAUCUUGAUAAUGUUCUAUGUUCUCUCUUCACUUAGCACCUUAUUGGCCUAGAGCUUGAUAAUUUUCUAUAUUCACUCUUCACUUAGCUCCUUAUUGGCUUGCCCUUUCUGGAGCUGAACUUGUAGUGGUCCAACUGUUUUGUGUGUCAGGAUUUUACAUUACCCGUCGUCUCAAUGAGAUCAGCACGCUCGGCUCUGUUCGGUGGUCACAGAAGAGAGAUCUUUGGUGGUAAGUUGAUAUGAAUUUGCAAUAUAUCUCAAAGUAUUAUCUUUGCCUUAAACCCUAUAUCUGUCAAGUGCAUUUUUCUGUAGUGCCAAGCCAUUUUUAGCAUUGUCAUAUGCUUGUCAAUAGUGAAAAAAUUCCACACUAAAUGAAUUCAGAGACCCUUACAAGGAUACAAUUUCUGAAAGUACGUUGGACAAGGUAUGAAAAGAAUUUUUUUUAUAUUAUGUAUGUUGACAAUGACCUUUAAAGAGGAGUAAAAUUUUACCACUCAACUUCUGAAUUCAAUCCAACCUAAUACUCAACAAAUUCUUCUAACUAAUAAAAAAAAUAGGUUUUUGAGAUAUGACAAGCAAUAUUCUUUCCGAGAAUGUCAAGUUAUAGUUACUUAUAUUGAAAAUUGUUAUAUUGGUGAACUUUCAUCAUUGACUAAUUUCAAAUAUCUGUCAUACAAGAAUCAAAAUGGAAGGUGUACAGCACAAAAUGAGUUCAAAAAUUCCCAUUCAAUUGAAGUUAUGCAAUCUAUUUUUUAUUAAUUUAACUCCAGAACUUACACUAAGAUAAAUAACUUUGAAUCUCUUUAGGUAUGUCUUUGCGAUCCAAUCUUUGUCUUUUCUGUUCGAUUUCCACACUUUCCCAAACAAAUUUGUACAAUAAGACUAAGCUUUGGGCUAAAAAUGUCAAUAUCUUACUCUUACAUAACCAUCACCGCUAGAGCUAAUACUAAUAUCGUCAAUACUAGCACAUGGAAUAUCUAUGAAAUCAUUGCUUUCAUUUUAAUCCAUUUGAAAUAAUUUCAAUAAAGAAAGUCUGUUUUGAUCUUGCAAUUUCCAGCAUCAGACAUAAGGGCAGUCAAAAUUUGAGCAUAUUUCACAAGCGUUUAAAAGCAAAAAUCCCUUAUGACAGCACACUGAUAGAAGCGGAAAUAGUACAAAAACACAUUGCUAAAGUGGGAUUUUCUCUUAACCACAUAAUUAUUUGCAUUUUUAUUGACGUUUGAUCCCAGCAUCCAAUUAUAACUACAGAUGAUCAGCCAUUAUGACAGUUAUAGGGUUCAUAGAGUUACUACCCGGUACUAAAUAGUUUCUUUUAUACAAGAAUAAUAUUUUCGGCCAGUCCAAUAAAUGAAAAUGAUCAAUGAAAACUUUAUUCCUUGUUUUAGUAUUAAUUUUUUUUUUAGAACAUUCAAUCAAAUUAAUGGUUCUUUAACAUAUUCAUAAUUAAUUGGUUCUGUAAAAAAAUUGUAUUAAUUUUGGCUUUUACAUUGAUUGACACAGCAUCGUCAUUGUCUUCGAACUGUCUGCCCUCAGUACAUUUGUUUAUGACCUGACCCUACAAAUCUGUAAGUAACAUGGAAGCCUAUAACUGUGAAGAGUGUCAUUGAUUAAUUCAAGUCAGGAUUUGUCUAUUAAAAGAAUUAGAGGUUUUUAAUGAACCCUGACCUCAAUUAAAAUGUUUUCCAUGACAUUUAAACUAUUUUUUAAAAAUCUUUUUUUUUUCAGUGGGUAACAGAAUAACUGGAUGCAGUGCAAUAUUUGUAAGUCAAUUACAUACUUCAGUAGAGUUAGACAUUUUUAAAAUUCCUUUUUGUAAUUUUGUGAGCUACUAUUACUACACAUAUAUAAUACACAGUCAUCUAUUGAUAUUUAUGAAAUCGGGUGGUAUAUUUAUAAAUAAUUAUUUCCCCAUCACCACCAAAAAGUAUUGCUUGAUUGAUUGCUUGAUUGCUUUAUAUUUCUUUAUUUACUAAAAAAAAAAGGCUUCUGCAUUAGUAUGUAAAUCUUAAACCAACUCCGCCCAAAGGGGGGGGGGGGGGGAUCCGCGGCCAUCCCCCCACAGUUUUUUUUUUUUUUUUUACAAAAAAAAAAAGGCUUCUGCAUUAGGAUGUAAAUCUUAAACCACCCCCGCCCAAAGGGGGGGGGGGGGGAAUCCGCGCGCAUCCCCCUACAGAUUUUUUUUCUUGGCAGGUUGGCUGGUCUGUAUUCUCACUUUGUGGUGUUGUAUAAUUGAUAUUCUCUCUGUGGGGUUAUAUGGCACUUUCACUGUGAUACUGUAAUAGUAUUCUCACUUUGUGGUGUUGUAUAAUUGAUAUUCUCUCUGUGGGGUUAUAUGGCACUUUCACUGUGAUACUGUAAUAGUAUUCUCACUUUGUGGUGUUGUAUUUGUAUUCUCACUUUGUUUUUGUUUUUAUUGGUGUCUUCACUUUGUGGUGUUGUAUUAUUAUUCUCACUAUUUGUCUUGUAUGUGCCAGUAUACACAAUUGUCUAAACUAAAUUUGUUUAACCUCCAACAGUCGUACCAGCAGAUAAUCUAUUCACCGAUGCUUGUUUCUCUGAUGGUGAGUACUAAUUAAGGUUUCUUAUGUUAAGUUCACAUUAAUUCUCUCAAGUGUGUACACAUUAAUGUCACAUUUUAGUAUUUAGGGCUUCCUCAUUUCCUGUAAAAAUAUUUUGAAUAUUAAAUCUAUCAAAAUAAAUGUUUUUUUUUAAAGUGCAUGUCAAAAGUUAUGACUUUUUUGCUGGAUUAUUGAAUGCUUCUUACAUUUGUGUAAAUGAAAUUAAUUUAAAACCAACAUCAUCAUCAGUGGAGCUACAGCCCAUGUAGGGCCCUGGCCUGCUCCACCACAUCCUUCCAUUCAGAACAUCAUCAUCAGUGUAGCUACAGCCCAUUUAGGGCUCUGGCCUGCUCCACAACAUCCUUCCAUUCAGAACAUCAUCAUUAGUGUAGCUACAGCCCAUGUAGGGCUCUGGCCUGCUCCACCACAUCCUUCCAUUCGGAACGAUCCAUGGCUUUGCACCUUUAUGUGCGAACCCGCAACUGGUGCAAGUCCUUCUCUACAUUGUUGAUCUAACUCAGUCUUGGACGACCGUUGAGCCGUCUGCCCCUAGGCUUCUGCCGGUAUAUCACUUUUGCUGCUCUACAAUCCGGUGCUCAAGUGAUAUGUACCAAACCUCAAGUGAUAUGUAUAAGACUUUUUAACAUAGAAAUCUAUUUUCUUGUUCACUUCUGCUUUUUGACAGGUAUUGAAACUACUUUUACCAAUUUGGGUCAUGCUGGCAGUUUUUCAACCACACUUUACAGCUUCAGAAAAGGAGGAUUUUUUCCCUGGAUACAGUGAAGAUGUGGUAGGUAAAAGAUACAGUGAAGAUCUGGUAGGUAAAAGAUAUAGUGAAGAUGUGGUAGGUAAAAGAUAUAUAGUGAAUGUGUGGUAGGCAAAAGAUACAGUGAAGAUCUGGUAGGUAAAAGAUACAGUGAAGAUGUGGUAGGUAAAACAAUUAUUGUUGUUAAAAAAAGUACUGUCGGAUAUUUCACAUGGAUGUGAUGCUGCUACAGACAUUACAUGGUCCUUCUGAUACAGAUGUACUAUAGCUAUACUUGGCUCUUAUGAUACAGACAUUACAUGGCUCUUAUGAUACAGACAUUAGAUGGCUCUUAAGAUACAGACAUUAGAUGGCUCUUAAGAUACAGACAUUAGAAGGCUCUUAUCAUACAUACAUUACAUGUAUCAAUGUGCACUCUUGCUUACAUGAAUCACAUGGAGCCCAAAUGAAAAUGUUCUAAAUAAUUAAGAUGUUUACUGGUUUUAUAAAUUGUAGUGUUUCUGAAAUGUUCUAACAUAGAUAAUGUAGUGUUUUUGAAAUGUUCUAACAGAUAUUGUAGUGUUUCUGAAAUGUUCUAACAUCUUAAUAUAUUGAUGUUAAUAGAUUUUCACUUUUUCCUUGACUUGGUUCAGACUUACGGCUCAAUCUUCAGUGAUGAUCAGACUUACAGACAACUGUACCAACCUGAUACGUUUUCCUGCACCUCUCCAAUCCCAUCUCCCUCUGGGUCACCUUCGUUGUUGGAUGCUAGUUUACCCUAUGCUUACACCAACCCGGCUCUGAUACACACCAACCCGGCUCUCACACGAUCCAGCCUACAACCCAUUGCUGAAGAGAACAAUGAUGAUGGGCUGACGCAGAAAAAAAAUGUGCAGGUUAGAAAUUUUAAUGUUAAAUAUAUAAUAAAAUCAUCUGAGAAAACAUUUUUAAUUGUUUUUAUACCCCAUUUUACCAAUUCAAUCCCAUACUAAUUGAAUUUAGCAGCCAUUUUUCAAUACCAAAGAGACAAAUUUUGCUUAUGGAAAGUCUUGCAAGUUGUGAGACAAAUUCUGUUUAUUGAAAGUCUUGUAGGUUGUGAGACCAAGGUAUCUUAUCGAUAGUCAAGCAGGUGUCUCAUGGGUUGUGUCAUGGGUAGUGUCUUGAAUUGUGUCAUAGGUAGUGUCUUGAAUUGUGUAAUGGGUAGGGUCUGGAAAUGUGUCAUGGGUAGGGUCUGGAAAUGUGUCAUGGUUAGUGUCUUGAAUUGUGUCAUGAAUUGGGUAGUGUAGGAUAGUCGUUUUAAAGACAAUUUAAACAUAUGAAAUUCAUUGAAUAUAGCACCUGUUAUAGCUACAUAUACUUGUGAGUUGCAAUAAUUUCAUCUAAUUGCCUACCAAAGUUAUUGACAUAAUUUCAUCUUAUUGAUUGCCUAUCAAAGUUUUUGACAUAAUUUCAUCUAAUUGAUUGCCUACCAAAGUUUUUGAAAUAAUUUGAUCUAAUUGAUUGUCUACCAAAGUUUUUGACAUAAUUUCAUCUAAUUGAUUGUCUACCAAAGUUUUUGAAAUAAUUUCAUUUAAUUGAUUGCCUACCAAAGUUUUUGACAUAAUUUCAUCAAAUUGAUUGCCUACCAAAGUUAUUGACAUAAUUUGAUCUAAUUCACUGCCUACCAAAGUUAAUCAUUUAACUUAUAUUUCUUGAAAGCUAACCUAAAUAAUAUUUUUUACCUUGAUAUCUUGAUACCAGGUAAAACACAUGAAAUCAACAUCAACUUUGUCUGAAGGAGCUAAUCCUAGACCUGCUAGAGCCCAGGGCCAAUUUCAGAGGGGAAAAUUCAUCACUCGACUUGUGACCAAGUCAACUCAAGGCACUGGUGACAACUUUUAGAACAUGGUGCUUUGACAGCAAAUGUAACACUGACCAAGUCAUCUCAACGCAGUGUUGACAAAAAAUGCAAGAGAAGUAGAGUCUAUCAAAGUUUUCAAUUGUUUAGCACUCUUGUCACAAAGAGUUUUGUAUAACCAAAGAGAAAACAAUGCUCUUGACAAUUAGUAUGAAAGGAAAUUUUAAACUUAAUUCUUUCCCUGUUAUACUCUUAUUGACUGGUAGAAUGAUGUCAGCUGGUAUUGUUUAGGUAGCCGUUAGUUUACAAUUUUCUAUUUAUUACUCUUGAGUCUGCAUGACUUUUUAUCAAACUUUUUCUACUGUCAGGUUUCAACUAUGUCAGGCAAUGUUCCCUUUGUUGUAUUACUGAGUUGUCACCAAAUUAUGUUUUUGUAUCUGUUGAAGUCUAUGUCAAAAUUUUAUUUUUCAUUGAGGAAAGUUGUAAGAUUUUUGUCUGAUUAUCGGCUUCAAUGUAUGGAUAUUGGCAUUUAAAAAAAAUGAAAUUCUUGUACAACUAACUUGGAUAGGCUGACUGUAUAACUUAACAGCUGAUUUGGAUAGGCCAUCUAUACAGCUGACUGGGAUAGGCUGACGGUACAGCUGAAUUGGAUAGGCUGACUGUACAGCUGACUGGGAUAGGCUGACUGUACAGCUGACUGGGAUAGGCUGACUGUACAGCUGACUGGAAUAGGCUGAAUGUACAACUGACUGGGAUAGGCUGACAUGGAUAGGCUGACUGUACAACUGACUGGGAUAGGCCCACUGUACAGCUAACUUCUCUUUUUUUGAUCUUAUGUGCUAACCAGGAAGUACAAUUAUGUAGACUUCUGUCAUUUUAAUUGAUGUAUUCCUCAUUCACAUUUCAACACAUUCCUCAUUCACAUUUCAACACAUUCAUCAUUCACAUUUCAACACAUUCUUUUUCAUAUCAAUUCCAAAUCUAAAAAAUUCUAUGCCUCAAGGCCGUCACUUCAAAAGAUGUAUUCUAAGCCUCAAGGUCAAAUCAAAAGAUGUAUUAUUUCAAAUGUCUUGUAUUUAUUUGGUUUAUGUUUAGUCAUACUUUUGUUCUACUGUAUGACAAGUCAGAGGUAACUGUACACAAUCACCUACAACUGAGUACACAAUUGCCUACUGCUGCACACAAUCACCUACUACUGUGUACACAAGCACCUACUACUGUACACAAUCACUUACUACUGUGUACACAAUCACCUUCAAAUAAGUAUGCAUUGCCCACUACUGUAUACACAAUCACCAACGACUACACAAUCACCUACAACUACACAAUCACCUACAACUUUACACAUUUAUCUACAAUUGUGUACAAAAGCAUGUACGGCUGUACACAAUCACCUGCUGUGUAGACAAUCACCUACUAUUGUGUACACAAUCACAUACCGCUGUACACAAUCACCUACUACUGUAUACAACCACCCUCUGCUGUGUACAGUACCUACUAAUGUGUACACAAUCACAGGCUGCUGUGCACAAUCACCUGCUACUGUACACAACAACCCUCUGCUGUGUACAGUCACCUACUAAUGUGUACACAAUCACAUGCUACUGUUUACACAGGCCCACAAUAAUUUCCUCUUUUACCAGUCAUGUAAAUAUAAGAAAUAACUUGCAAAGAUGUAUGCCAAGUUAUCUACCUCAAUUUUCAGCACUGGUCAGUAAAACUUGUGAUCUUCACAACAUGACAUGUGAUCUUCACAACAUGACUUGUGAUCUUCACAACAUGACUUGUGAUCUUCACAACAUGACAUGUGAUCUUCACAACAUGACUUGUGAUCUUCACAACAU